AUGGAAUCGACCAGUAGCAGUGGCGGCCGCCCUGACCCGUUUCGAAAUGUCAAUGUUCAAACGUACAGCCAUAGACCAAAUGUGUUUCCUGUUUAUGUUCUAGAUACUGUGUCCAAAGUAAACAAACCUAGUGACACUGACCCUUAUGGCAAAGACAUUAAUGGCAGUUGGUUCCUAUUUAAAAAAUCCAUCUUCAACCCAACGACAUACCCAGAGAGUGAAGAGAUUGAUGAAAAGUAUUUGGAGGAGUACGAUUUGAAUGGGUCGUGGGGUGGUGAUGCACGACUUAAGGAGGAGUUUAACCAUUCGCAGUAUCAACAACUCAAAGAAGCAAACAAACACCGCAGUAUCUUCAGCUUAUUUAGACGGACAAAGGACCCUGGAGAAAACGAUACAAAAGUGAGGUCUACAGCUGGGUACUGGAUGGGAGAAAACAGGUCGCAGUUGAAGCCGGCGUUUAGAAAGUUUUUCAUGCAAAACCCAUUGCUACCUUUGACAUUGAGAAUAUUGACAUUGAUAUUUUGUGCCAUAGCUUUGGCAUUGGCUUGCAGUAUAUAUGUGUUUUCAAGAAGCACUUACGAUGGGGCCAAAGUAGGCCAAAAGGCAAGCACAAUAAUGGCAAUUGUGGUUCAGACAUGUGCGUUGGUGUAUGUAAUCUACAUUGCCUACGAUGAGUACUCGGGGAAACCAUUGGGACUACGUGAUCCGAUUGGAAAGUUUCGAUUAGUCAUGUUGGAUCUAUUGUUUAUCAUAUUCUCGUCAGCCAAUUUGUCGUUGGCAUUUGACACUUUGUAUGAUGACGAAUGGGUUUGUGAAAUCUACAAAAACCCACAUGGACUUGAUACGAAUGCAUUCCCAGUGAUAUCCUCCAUCUGCCGCCGACAAAAGGGACUUGCCUCCUUCCUAUUUGUUGUGUUGGUGACGUGGGUGUUGACAUUUACCAUUAGUCUAGUUCGUGUAAUAGAUCGAGUAAAUGUGUAG